AUGGCGACUCCCACCGAGCUUGCCUACAAUCGGGCCGCCCUCAUCGACAGUUUGCAAUUCACUUUUUUGAUGGACGAGGUCGGAAAACAUCUUUCGGAGGCGAUUUGUGGAGCUGGUAUCGUUCUCAACCUGCUCCUCAUCUACGUCAUCUGCCACCGUACCCCUGUCCACAUGAAAAGUUACGCCGUUCUCCUCUUCAACUUUGCCAUUUUCGACUUGCUCACGUGUGUGGCGUCGCUGUUCGCUUGUCAGAAGACCAUUUUCUCGGGAUUCUCGUUGACCUACAUUUUCCACGGACCGUGCAAGUACGUGGCGCCGUGGUUGUGCUAUUUCUGUCACUGUUUUGUGUGUCACGCGAUGGCUCACUCGCAAUGGAUACUGCUGAUCUCCUUCAUCUAUCGUUGGCGCAUUCUCGUCGACGAGGCCCCCGGCGUUAAAACCAUGUCAAUGAUCGUCGCCGGCUUCUACUCCAUGUCUUUCGUCGUUUUCCUCUUCUACUACCUUGAUAUGGGGGCUUCCGACGAGUUGAAACAAAUCAUGUAUGAUCUACACCCACAGUACCACUAUGAGGAUGUGGAUAUUUGGGGAAACCUAACCGUCAGCGGUAACACCACCAUCUUCACCAUCCCCUCUAUGACCGCUAUCAUCUACAUGACCGUAACCUGCGUACCAAUCUAUUUUCUGAUCCAUUGGUUCCGUAACCAGACGCUAAGCAUCCUAGCCUCCAGUGCUUGCAGCAUGUCUGAAACCACCAAAGCGUCUCACGCUAAGCUUAUACUGGCCCUGUCUAUCCAAGCCACCAUCCCAUUAUUCUGGCUACUCGCCUCGUUCAUUUUCACGUUGGCCGAGUUCGGUGUGAUCUCCGGUCCGAUUCCCGAGAAUAUGACGUUCCGUUUGAUGGAUUGCAUUCCGUCGUCGAGUCCGCUGGUCGCCUUUAUUUUCAUCGCUCCGUAUAGAGAAGGUCUGCUACGCCUCAUCUCAAAAACCGGCAUCUACAAAAAGGCCACCGAAAAUCGGGUUUCCAGCACUGUCGAGCCAACCACCCAAGCAACCGUCCAAUCCAUUCAACAAUACCGCUCCAAUGGUCGCAACGAUAUGAGGGCGAUGGCUUGA